AUGCCGCUCACAGCCACCUCGUCAUCAGCAGCAGCAGCAAUAGCAGCACCUGCCUCUCCCCGCUUCAAUCUCGGCAGCAACACAAAUGGGAGGGAGGGCAUGUUCUCUGGCACUGGAGUUACAGAGAUUAGUGCUAUUUCCGCGGCUGAUGCCACUCGCUUUGUUGCGGAUGACGGGCGGGAGAGCAGGCUAGAUUGGGCAGAGGUGUGUUUCCCAAUCUCCUGCCUUGUUUCUGAUGGUGAUGGUGGUGGUGGUGGUGGUGGUGAUGCUGCUGCUGCUGCCACUGUCGGGCCUGCUGAUAUUGCUGCCACAACUUCUGCCACAGAAAAUGCUCACGGCACUGCGACUGGUGAUGAUGGUGCUUAUGUUGCUGACUCUGUUGCCACUGGUGAUGCGGAUGCUGCUGCUGAUGAUGAUGAUUCUGCUAGGACCGCUGAUGGUGCUGAUGGUGAUGCUGAUGCUGAUGCUGAUGCUGCUGCCACUGAUUCUGCAGCAGAAAUUGCUCAUGGGGCUGCAACGGGUGAUGAUGGUGGUGCUGCUGAUGGUGGAGUGGAUAAUGCUAUUGAUACUGAUGCUGCUGCUGCUGGGUCUGCUGAUGAUGCUCUUACGGAUUCUGCUGCAGCCAUUGCUCAACAGGCUGCAACGGGUGCUGAUGGUGCUUAUGCUGCUGAUGCUGUUGCCACUGGUGUUGUGGAUGCUACUGACCAUGAUGGUGGUGAUGCUGCUGCUUCUGUUGAUGCUUCUGUUGAUGCUGCUGCUGUUGAUGCUGAUGCUGCUGCUGCUGCUGCUGCUGCUGCUGCUGCUGCUGCUGCUGCUGCUGCUGCUGCUGCUGCUGCUGCUGCUGCUGCUGCUGUUGAUGCUGCUGCUGUUGAUGGUGGUGGUGAAGAGGAAGGGGCAUUGCAGCAGGGUGUAAUGGCUAGGAAACGGAAACGGGAAGUGGGGAAGAGCGAGGAGGAACAAGAGGGGGAGGUGGCAGUAGAGGAGGAAGAAGUGGGGGAGGUUUCAGAAGGGGAGGAAGAAGAGAGGGAGGUGGCAGAAGGGGAGGAAGAAGAGUGGGAGGUGGCUGAAGGGGAGGAAGAAGAGGGGGAGGUGGCAGAAGGGGAGGAAGAAGAGGGGGAGGUGGCAGAAGGGGAGGAAGAAGAGGGAGAGGUGGCAGAAGGGGAGGAAGAAGAGGGGGAGGUGGCAGAAGAUGAGGAAGAAGGGGAAGAGGAGGAGGUGGAGGAGGAUGCGGAUGAUUUAGAGAAAGGGGACGAAGGGGAGGAGACGGAGGAGGAGGGAGAGGUGAAAGAGGAUGAACAGGAGGAGAAUCAAGAAGAACCGGAGGAGACCGAGGAGGAAAAAGGGGAGGUGAAAGAGGAGGAGCAGGAGAAUGGGGAAGAAGGGGAGGAGAGUGCGGAGGAGGACGGGGAGGUGAAAGAUGAAGAGGAGGACGAGAAGACUGAGGAAGAAGGGGAAGGGGAUGAAGAGGAUAGGGUGGUGAGGGAGGAGGUAGAGGAGGAGAAUCGGGAAGAAAGGGAGGGGAAUGAGGGGAAAGAGGAGGGGGUGUUGGUAAUGCCAGGUGUGGAAGGGGGAAUGGAGGGAGGAGAAGUGGUAGCACGGUUGGUUGGAGGGUGCGUGAACGGGUGGACGGUGGGGAGCAUUGUCAGAGGGGCCAUGUUGGGUGGUGGGCUGAUGAGAGUAGGGCAGGUGAAAGGGAGGCUGGUGGGAGGGGGAAUGGUAGGAUGGGGAAUGGUGGGAUGGGGAUUGGUGGGAGGGGGUUUGGUGGGAAGGGGGACGGUGGGAGGGAGGACGGAAAGGGGGGUGGAGGGACGGAGGUUGGCGGAGAGCAUAGAAGAUUGCAGGGGGGUGAGAGGAAGCGGAAGAACAUGGAGGAGCAGCGAGGAAGGGAAGGGAGAGCAGGAGACGAGGGAGCCAGGGAAGGUGGAGCAGAGAGAAGGAGAGCAGAGGAAGAAGGAGCUGGUGAAGGGAGAGCAAGAGCAGCAGAGGGGAGAGCAGGGGGAGGAAUUGCAGGUGCAGGAAGGGCAGGGGAAGGAGGGGAAGGGGGGUGGAGGCAGUGGCGAAGGAAGAGGAGCUACAGGCCAUGCAGACCACGCUCAUCUCUACAACUGUUGCCCGGCUUUUCACCUCAGGAAACUGUCGCACCCCCGGUUGCAGCACAUGCUGCCACACCUCCUGCAACUGCUAUUAGAACACCUUCUGUCACUCCUGCUGCCACCACUGGAGACCAGCAGACUGCAAUGCAUAUAG